GCCGAUCUUAUUGAUUGCAUUUGCUCUUACUGCCGACUAAUGUUUCUAAUUAUUCUUCAGCCUCAUCCUCAUCUCCAUUUCUCUCGGUCUCUCCCGAACCGACUCUUGCUAGCAUGCGUUUGACAGCCCGUUGAUAGUCGGCGCUUUGUCCAGUUUUAUUUACAUUUGCUUUCUCUCUACGGAGGAUUUGUUUAGUCUGACACAUCAGUCGCAGGAUGUAAAUGCCUGCGAAAAUGCGCGACUCAAAUCCCUCCGCCGAAUCCUCUGAUUCAGGGGAUAUCUCGCAGGCACAUCAGAACACCAGCGAAAUCGACUAUUCCGGUGCGGAUUAUGCGCAUUCAGACAAUGAAGAUAACCCUCUUGUCCGACAGAAGCAGCGCUCGCCCUCCCCUCCACCGCCGACACCGGUACCGCGAUCGCGAACACGAUCGGUGCGAUUCGCAGCGCCAGAACCCACCGAGAGCUCUCCGAAUACUUUGCAGAAUGUAAAACCGAGGAAAUCGCUAAUCCAGCGCUUGACCUCUGUUAAACGGCCGAAACCCGAUAUCCGCGCGACCAUCGACCCUCGCAGAGAUCGAUACUCGGUACUGGAACUAGAUGAGGUGCACGAUGUACCCCCGGAGGACAUGCCGGGUGUGGAUAUUUCGUUUUUUGAGGGAUUUCAUGGACAACAUCAGAGCGAUUCCUUGCUGAAAGAUGAGAAGAAAGGCCAUGCCCGUACGGACUCGGGUGGCUCUUUCGCUGAGCCUGCGGGCAAGCUGAGUCUUGAAAUACACCCCGCGCUGCGAUCGAAGAGUAUGAGACAGCACGGACAGGAUUUGGCCAACAAGACAAACACAAUUGUUUCUGUUGAUCAGCGCGCCGCGACUGUCGACUUGAGUGUGCUGGAAGGUAUGGGGUCACCAUCAGAGCCAGGUUUGUCAAAUCUAGGAAAGAAGACGGCGACGAACUUCAGCUACUUCUAUCCUCGCGACCCAGAGCAACCGAAUUGGCGGCCGCUCUCGAUGAGGAGUGCUUAUAUCAUCAUGCUGGCUGUUUUAUCGCUCAUCCUGGCGGGUGUGCAGGAGUAUCUCUAUCAGAAGUCUGGUAUCUUGGAAAAGAAGGGACGCGGCAUGAUUCCGUACAACGAGGUAGCCGACAUUCCCGUGUCGCAGUUCUUCUGCUGGAAAUACCUCCCCACGCUUGUGACUGUCGCAUACGGUGUGCUAUGGCAAAUUACCGAUUACGAGGUCAAGCGCUUGGAGCCGUAUUACCAGCUGUCGCAGCCGACCGGUAAUACUGCAGAGAAGAGUCUCAACCUGGACUACGUGACUAUGUGGUCGUACUUUGUUCCAAUAAAGGCUGCAAAGUAUCGUCAUUGGUCGGUGUUGGUCUCUGCUAUCGGGACAAUUCUAGCCACAACUGCUGUGCCGUCGCUGCAGUCUCCUAGUAUCAAGCCGGCCGGAAACCCUGCUUGCGGUCCUAGGCCUGACACGCUAAAACCUGAUGAAGAUCAACCGUGCGAUGCUGACUUUAAGUACUUCCUUCGCGUUGACCCCGUUUGGUCGCGGCUGGUCACGUCGUGUCUUAUUCUUGUUGCUGUCCUCGCGAUUGUGCUGCUUUUUCAGCUGCGUCGCAAAUCAGGCCUUCUUAGUGACCCUCUCGGGGUCGCUGGAAUCGCGGCCAUGGCGAACCGUUCGCAUAUCCUGGCUGAAUUUCAAGGAAUGGACGAGUCGUUACAUGAUGACAUUCACAAGAAACUCCAACACCGACGAUACAUUCUCUACAAAUCCACCAUCUGGCAGGGCGAGUACACAGGCAUAAGCGAAGACGAAUCCGAAACAGAGAAACCACUGAAACCACCAAACCCGCAACCCAUAAUCCUCCGCCCAGUCUGGCUAAUGUCAUUCAUCAUCUUCAUGGUCAUCUGCCUCCCCUUCGUCCCGGUAAUCACCUACAACCGCCGGCUGAACCACGUCAUUCUCAACGCCUCCUGGCUUCCCGUGCUAGUAGCAACCCUCAUAAAACAGCUUUGGGCCACGUUGGAAUUCAACGUGAAAAUGAUGGAACCCUUUCACACCCUCACAAAAGGCAACGCCCGCCCGGAACAAACUCUCACCCUGGACUACCAAGGCACGCCCUACGGCGUCAUUCUUUUCAAGUCCCUCCGCAACCACCACUGGCUCGUCGCGCUCGUCGGUCUGGGCUCCAUUCUCUCCGACCUCCUAACAAUUACUUUCUCCUCUCUCGCCGUGAAAACAGAAACGCGGCACUCCUUCUACUCCUCCUCUAUAUUAUCCAUGGCUAUCGUACUCUUUAUGAUCCUCUCCGCAAUCCUAAUCUUCAUCCGCCGCCGCCGACCAUUCAUGCCCCGCCAACCAUCAACCAUCGCUUCCAUCCUCGCGUUCAUCCAUCAAUCACACAUGCUGAAUGAUUUCACGGGAACGGAACUAUAUAAUAACCGAGAAAUGACUGACAUGUUGGCCAGCAAGGGAAAGAGGUAUGGAUUGGGGUGGUUCAGGGGACGAGACGGGAGGAUGCAUUGUGCGGUUGAUGAAGAACCGAUGGUGAGUCGGUUUGUGUGGGGGGUUAGUUAUCGGAGGGCUAGGGCACCUUGGGAGGAAGAUGUUUAGCCGCUGCAGUCACUGUACGAGACACUGUAUGGAGUACAGUGGUUAGGACAGUUAGGGUUCGUAUGAAUAAUCCGGCUGUGCCAUUAGCGUUGAAUAUCAACUAAUAUUAAAUGAUCACUCGGACGUCACCAAUUUUAACUUAAUCGUAAAGCAU